AUGGCCACCCUCGACUCCCUCAAGUUGGCCCUGAGGCAGAAAGCCAGGGCUAUUGCUACGGCGUCGUACCCGAAGCAACCGUUGUCCGACACACAGUACAGCGCUGGCUUCGAUAUCUUGAUGCAGGGCUUGGGGUGGAGGACAUACCGAGACUUUAUCGUCCCUCAACUGUCCCAGCUGCUGGCCCCUCUCUUCAACUCACCUGCCCAGAUAUCGGUGUUAGAGAUCGGCCCCGGCCCGAAGAGCGUGUUAGGAUAUCUGCCCCGCAGUCUGAGACAGAAGGUCAGGAGGUACACUGCAUUCGAGCCUAACGGCGUGUUUGCUACAAGUGUGGAAGAAUGGCUUUGGUCUAUGUCAGAGAUGGAGUCCCCGUUGCCCUGUCUGGAGAGCGCGCCCGACAUUCGCCGAAUCCCAUUCGCUCUCGAGAAUGACAUAGCGAGUGGUACCGGUACGGGUACAAGUGACGACGGUCAAAAAUACGACCUCAUCCUAUUCUGCCACAGCAUGUAUGGCAUGAGGCCUAAACACAAGUUCAUCAAACGGGCGCUUGAAAUGCUGGUUGAGCGGCCACAAGGCGGAAUGGUGGUGGUGUUCCAUCGCGACGGGGCCUUGGACCUCAAUGGCUUGGUGUGCUAUCGGAUGGCUUCUUUCCCUAUGGGAGUCGUACGCGUGGCGGAUGACAACGAGGUAUUGGACUGUUUUGCUUCUUUCAUCGCCGGGUUUGACAUACAGGAUGCGAAUGUGGACAAGGCUAUCCGAGCUGGGUGGCGAGAGGUGUGCCGCGUCUUGGGCCGCCGCGAGGAAGCCCACCCAGACCAUCUCUUGUUCGGCUCACCCGACCUCAUGGUGGCCUUUACCCAACAUGCGACCGCCUUGCCGGAGCUGACAGCGCAGGUGCCAUCGGUGAAGGGGGGCAAAAUAGUCAAAAAUUGGGAGGCUCGCCUCCACCGCCCCGCCUCGAUCGUUAGGCCGGCAGAGGUCCAACACCUCCAGGAGUGUGUUCGAUGGGCUCUCAAGCACGGUGUCGGUCUGACCGUUAUCGGCGGAGGUCACAGCAGCCACUGUCGCUGGCCCACCGUUGUCUCGGUCGACAUGGGCGCCUUUGACAAAGUACAUAUUCUCCCAUCAGGAGAGAAUGGAAGGGAUUCUGGUUCCGGUUCCAGCUGCUUGGUCGUGGCCGAAGCUGGCUGCAAGACGGGGGAUAUCAUCCGCAAGAGCAUGGCGGCAGGCGUGACAGUGCCCCUAGGGGCCCGACCAAGCGUAGGCGCAGGGCUGUGGCUACAAGGUGGCAUCGGGCAUCUGGCUAGGUUGCACGGGCUCGCGUGUGACGCCAUUGUCGGUGCCGUUGUGGUCAGCGUCGAAUCUAGCCAAGUUCUCUGCGUUGGCCGUGUACCAAGCCAACACCAGCCAGCUGGUGCCGCUUGCCCGGAAAAUGAAGCCGAUCUGUUAUGGGCGAUAAAAGGUGCUGGGACCAACGUUGGCAUCGUGGUCAGCGUGACUUUCAAGACGUACGAGGCUCCCACCUACAUAACUCGAAACUGGUUUGUCCAGCUAAGCGACAACCUCGACGCGCGGCGCAAGCUCAGCGAUUUUGAUAAACUCAUCGCUCAUAACCUCCCCCGGUACUGUUCGGCAGAUGCAUAUCUCUACUGGGACGCUGGCCAGCUGCAUCUUGGCGUGACUAUGUUCGAAGCUUCCGCGACUCCGCUCACUUCUGCAACACGCACGCCUGCACCCGUAGAAACUAUUUGGGGGCCGGAAGACGAUUUCAAAGCCGUGGACGGCAUCGGUUUGUUCGAGACCGAGAUGUAUAUGUCUAGGAUGCAUGGUGGGCACAGCGGCGGCAAGACCUCCUCGUUCAAGCGAUGUUUAUUCUUAAAAUGCAUCGGAGCAGAGAGCGUCGCCGACCACUUGGUGGCCGCCGUCAAGACUCGUCCUUCGCCACUCUGCUAUCUGCAUCUACUUCAGGGCGGUGGAGCGGUCAACGACGUUGCAGCCGAUGCUACUGCUUUCGGCUGUCGAGACUGGGACUUUGCCUGCGUGAUAACCGGUGUCUGGACCCGCGACCAAGACGGCACCGAAGCCGCACAAUCUGCCGUGCGUUGGGUUUACAACGUCGCCGCCAACUUGUUGCCCUUGAGUAGUGGAACUUAUGGCGCCGACCUUGGGCCAGACCCCAGAGACUCCGCGCUGGCCGCGAAGGCUUUUGGACCAAAUCGGUCGCGCCUAGCCCGUCUCAAACAGAGCUUGGACCCGCAUAAUGUGCUGGCGUACGCCUGUCCGCUCCCAAAAGCGCCAAUGGACCAGAAGCUCAUCAUUCUUGUCACGGGCGAAAGCUGCGCCGGCAAGGACUACUGUGCCGACAUCUGGGUUUCUGUGUUUAUGACAUGCGCCCACAAAAGCCUCACGGCGCGUGCAGUCAGCAUUAGCGAUACCAUCAAGCGAGAAUACGCAGCGGCUACCGGUGCCGACCUGAGCCGCCUGCUUUGGGACCGUGCCUACAAGGAGCAACACCGGCCAGGAUUAACGACAUUUUUCCAGGAACAGGCGCGGCAACACCCUCGGCUGCCAGAGAAACAUUUUCUGGAUGUGGUGCAGGGCGCUGCAGAUUUGGACGUGCUGCUAAUCACCGGAAUGAGAGACGAGGCGCCGGUCGCAGCCUUGUCGCAUUUGGUGCCAGACAGCAGGUUGGUCGAGGUUCGAGUCCAAGCUAGCGAACAGAAGCGGCUGGUUCGCCGGGGGUGUCACGUCAAUGAUGAUGAUACUGACAACAAGAAGAACAAUAGCGACAGCAACAAUACUAGGUCGGAUAUAACGGCGUUGGACUACCGGCCCAGUCUCAUCUUCAACAAUGAUACGAUAGGAAAGGAGGCGGCAAAGAGGUUUGCCGAGCAUUACCUGCUUCCCUUCGUCCACCAGGAUCUGCAGCGGCUGGCCAAUAUGGUGCGCCUGGUACCCGACUUCCCACGCCCGGGCAUCGAGUUCCGUGACGUGCUAGGCAUCUCCCAGCAGCUCGGUGGGCUGGCGCUGUGCACGUCUCUGUUGCAAACCCACUUCAUCGGUGACUGGGCUAAUGUCGACAGGGUGGUGUGUUGCGAGGCCGGCGGUUUUGUCUACGCGUCAGCGUUGGCCUCGCAAGUUGAUGUGCCCUUGGUGCUGAUUCGUGAAGCCGGUAAGCUCCCCCCACCCACCAUUUCCGCCAUCAAGUUCCCGUCGCAUAUCGCGCUGUCGGCAUCGAACGAUUCGAAACAGAAGCGGAUCGAGAUGGGCCGGGAUGUGGUCUCCAGGGGCGAGACAGUGGUGGUGGUGGACGAUGUGCUUUCUACUGGUGAGACGCUUUGUGCGGUAAUACAGCUGUUACAUGAAGCAGGCCUCGGCGCCGAGGAUAUCAGUGUCAUGGCGGUGGCAGAGUUCCCGCUUCACCGUGGCCGGGAACUGUUGCGCCAGCGUGGGUUUGGCGGAAUCAAUAUUCAAUGCCUCUUGGUCUUUGGCGGUGCUUAG